AUGACUGUCCGCUUACUCACCCUGGCCAUGGCACCAGUCUCCAACGAGUUUCCGAACACAUCGGCUGGAAUUUGCUGGAAACAGUCCAUGGUGUGUGGUCUCCCCGUUGUUGCCAGUUCUUAUAUUUUCGACGACCAACGCUGUGGAAUUAUUUAUUUGUGGAGAAGGGAUUUGUUGCUUGGAAUUGGUGGACUGAGUCAAUUUAAGCUGUCAAUCCAAGAACUUUUGUCAACCUCUUGUAAAGGGGAGGCAGCCGACGCAACGUGUGAUGUCAUAGUUUACGACCAGAGCACGCAAGACGUCAGCCGAUUAUCGCCGGACAGCUUUGUAGUUGUACUUCUCAGCAAACUGGCGGAAACAUUCAACAGCGUGUCAAUGUUGUCAGGGGGAUAUAACGCCUUUAAGACGUCUUUCCCGUACCUGUGCGAGUCUCAGGACCAAACACAAUGCACGAUGCGUGGCCCGACCUUAUCGCAACCCUGCCUUCCCGUUGCCAAAGUGGGACCAACCCGUGUGCUCAACUACCUCUAUGUCGGCUCCCAGCAGGAUGUCUUGAACGAAGACAUCAUGAGAGCCAAUGGCAUCAACUACGUGUUGAAUGUCAGUAAGACGUGCCCAUCGCCAACGCAUAUCGCGCCGGGACACUUCCAUCGGAUACCGGUCAGGGACAACUACGGGGAGAAGUUGCUGCCGUGGUUUGAGGAUGCCAUGAACUUCAUCGAAAAAGUGCGUUCCGACAAUGGCUGUGUGAUCAUCCAUUGCUUAGCUGGUAUAUCAAGAUCACCAACGGUUGCCAUCGCGUACAUCAUGAAGCAUCUAAACAUGAAUGUCGACGACGCCUACAAGUAUGUCAAGGAGAAGCGCCAGUCCAUCUCACCGAAUUUCAAUUUCCUCGGCCAACUUCUUGAGUUUGAGAAACGGAUUCAUGGGGAAAACCCAACCCCCUCAUCGUCGUCAGAUUCGUCAAAGACAACAACAACAAAUAGCCAGUCUACCUCUGCUACAAAGCCAGCAUCAUCACUUCAAAUGCAAUCUCCAGCCGAUGUCAAGUCACCCUCGACUUCAGCAGCCACUCCAACUGUCCGGAUUUCCAAGCCGGACGCGCCGUUUCCGGCACCAAUCCUUUUGACAGAGGAAUCGCAACCGGUCGUCGCGGAACCCACAACCCCUCUAAGUGCCGAACCAAGAACUUACAAGAGAUCUAUCAGCCGGCAGAAAGAAGGAGAAGUAGCGAUUCCAGCCGGAGUUCAAAGUCCAAAGUUUAAUAGAACAAGAACAAUUCCUAGACCGAGCGGGCUGGAUGUCAGGGUCUCCAAAAUCGGGCCGAUCUUUCUCGGCUCGCCACCUUUGUCCGACUCCAAGAAGCCACGAUCUGGUCAUAAUAGUCCUAGUGGCCUUUUAGAUCAACUAGCCUGGGGGACGAGUCACCUCAGCGUCAACUCGCCAGAAGUUCGUCUGAAGAAUCCGUUUGUGGAGGCCUGUGCGAGACUAGCCGAGUGCCGGGCACGGGAAGAAGCAGAAACCGGAGCCCAGAAUAAAGUCCCAACGAGCCAAAAAUGUCAAACCAAAGCUGACUCGACACCUACAGUCAGUGAGGAGCCUGUUAACGUUCCCGUUGAACCACUUAAAAGUGACACUCAAGGACCUGCUGCAAGUAUCCUUCAAUCCCAAAAAGCUGAAUCGCACAAGUCGGCAGCGAGUAUCCUACAGUCUAAGAACAAUGAAAUGCAAGAGCGAGCUUCUGCUUACCUACCAAAUAGUUCCAAUUCCAGAGGGACUGUCACCUCAACGACAGCUCCAAAGAAGGAGGACCAGAAGAAAUGCAUGGAUGUGAAGCGAUUGGGCAACAACAGCAAGUCAGAUUGUAGAAUCAAGAGCAAGGGAAGGUGUAAGUCUCCCCGUGCUGGCAGCCCAAGACCAUCACAAACCUCUCCAAAACAUACUCAUGCGGGCAAGUUGCAGGUCAACGUCAAGCCAGGCAAAGAGUCACUCCAGAUCAAGACCAAAAAGGUGCCCUCACCCAGUGAAACAUCCGUUGGCUUUCAGUUCGGCCGGACACGGGUUGGGAAAUUUGUGGACGCCGUACUUCCAAACACAGGGACCAAAUGCAAGACGGGUAAAGCCAAGACCAAGGAAUUACCACAGCUUAUGGUGGCUAAGAGAGUUCAUGUGCAACUCGAGACACCAAGCCAACUCUCGCAAACAACCACAAGUAAGACAGUCUCACCGAACGAUUCUCUGAAUCCGUUCUUCUCUCGACAGAUCAGUUCCCAGUCUCAGAGUAGCGACAAUAGUUCAGGUAUAUCACCAUCAUGUGAGAGUGAAUCUGGAUCGCUGGCUGAGAGCAGCCCGUGUAGUGCAGGAAUCUCUCCAAACUCCCCGGGCCAAUCACCAAAUCUAUUUGAUAGUCUUGGAAAACUAGUUCGCACUCCGCUACUCGAGGUGAAAUCCUGUCCAACCUUCUCUACCAUAGCAGAGACGGAGAGUUCGCAAUCAUCCAUGCCGUCAUCCGCGCCGUCGAUAGAAGAAUGCAAAACCAAUGUGUGGCAGAGGCGGAAGGAUUGUGGCUACAGCUGCGAAGAGCCGCCAAGACCGGAUCCCACGCCCUUAGACAGAUUAAGCGGAUAUACCUCAAAACGUAGUUACAUCAUCGCCGAUCACACAGACUGUGAACGCAACGACAUGCGAUGUAAUCGUAAAACACCCAUGGUGGUCGCUGGCCGCAGCGCAUCCUGCGAGGAAAUCAGCUCUUGCGCUCGGGAGGCGGUGUCCGAAAUCGUCGUCAGACCGAGGAGAGAGAUCAUUGAGCUGAGUAGCUACGGAGGUAUGGAUGGGGACGAGGAUGAUUACGACAGUCGAUCGUUGAGUAGUCAACGCUCAUUGAGUAGUAGCUGUGAAAUGAUCGAGGUAUCAUGACCUCAUUUGACCUCUCAUGGUUUAAUAUAACAAAAAAGGGUAUAAUGAUAACACUGAAAUAUCCCGUAACUAGAUUCAAUGAAAUAAGCUUAACAAAAUGAGAGGAUGUUUUCAUGAUGUUUUCUUUUUUUUUUAAUCAAAGUUUCUCCCGAUUUUGCAAUCAGAGGUUUCAUACCAGUUUGCAACUGGGUUUCAUCCUAGUUUGCAUUUGAGGUUUAAUUCCUGUUUGCAAUUGAAGUUUUAUCUGAGUUUGCAGAUUCGGUUCAAUUCAAGGUUGCAAACGAGGGUUAUCCGAGAUUGCAAUUGUGGUUGCAAACGAGGUUUCAACAAAAUCUCUGUCAAAUUUCGUCAAUGAUUGAUUUUUGGGCAGAGUAAUUUUGAGUUUAUUUUAGAGGUUGUUGUGACUUAAGUUUAGCUUUUGGUUUUCUUAUUCAUCAACUCAUGAAUGUGCAACAGAGAUGUGAUUUAGUUUGUAGGAAAGUGAGGAUAUCUUCAAUUUAUAGCGAGAAAGUGACCAGACGUCAUUUAUUUAGUUCCUAUACAGUACAAUAUCUGUGCUUUCUGUUUGACAGAAAAAUUGAAGAAGUAUUUUUCCUGUAUUUAUGUAUAUUUUACACAAAUUAUUUGUAUAUAACGACAAGCCAAAGUGGCGCUUAUAUGUCUUGUAUAUUGUUAUAAUUAUUAUCUUGAAUUGUUACUGUGGCAUAUAUCAGUAACUCUUUUUAGUAUCAUAUUGUUUAACGGACACGGACUAUUUUGGAAGUAGAUUUACGGUGGUGGAGAGGAGUUAAUGGGAUAGUUUAUCACACGGAAGACAAUGCAAAAAAAUACAAGUAGCUUUACAAUUCAGAAUUUUCCUUUGAUUUCAACUUAACAACUCUUUACUUUUGUAGAAUGUAGUUGGGAUUAUUAACAACUGUGACAAAGAUAAUGUAUAAACUUACAUUUUUUAUUUAUUUGACGUCGUAUCACCCCCGCUUUACUAAUGGAUUAUUCCGCUGUCUUGAUGAAAAAGCGACCGAUAUUCCACCUUCUGAAGGGUGAAUGCGUAGAGGCACACACUUGUAAACAGUACACUUUUCAAAACUUUAACAAUGAUUCCAGCCUUUAUGCCACCCUUGAAUGAAUGGAAUAACCUUUGUUUUUUUAGAGCGACAUGGAGUCAACCAUUUGUAUAUGCGGGGGAAGAUGUGUUUCCCUUUUUGUUUUUUUGAACCACCCCCUCCCCUUUAAUUCACCCAUCAACAUUUUGUAUUUAAAAUUGGUGUCUAGAUAAAGAGUGCGAUCUUUUGUUGUAUACUUUGUCGUAUUCUGACGUAUACUCUCUUUCGGUGAUUUUUUGUGUGGCGUAUGGAAUACUUGUGAACAAGUCCUUUGAAAAGUGAUUUUUUAACUACCUCCGGAUGUUGUAGAGAUUGACUUUAUAAUAUUUUUAUCUUCAUAAGUGUCUUGUGUUAGAGAAAAGAAGAAGAAGAAAAAAGCCGUAGUGAAAAACGGUGCGAGAGACUUUUAUUAGACUGAGCAGUGUGGACAAUCUUAUCUAUUUAGAAUCUAUGAACUAGUCAUUGAACUUUCUCUAUUUUUGGAUGUACCCAUCGUGUAUAAAACAAAAUGUCACGAAUUCACUUUUGUAGAAAAACGUCUGCAUAUUCCAGAAGUAACCAUUUUAACAUGUGUUUUGUGAUGCAAGGUAAACUAGAUAGUGCUAAGAACUUCCACUUAAUGUCAAUCAUAGUAAUAAAACAACACCCAAAUCGUAAAUAUGAAUAGUUCAUCAGUAGAUUUAAAUAUUGUUAACAUUUUUACCUACAAUUUAGUGAAAUAAAAUCACUAUUUUUCUGUUCAUCCGUUUUAGAAAAAGAAUAAGUUGUCUCACUUUGACAGUGUUUUGUUGUGUCGUAUUUAAUGGAUAGUAAAACAACUCUGAAUGAAAGAUAACAAAAAAUUGCAUAAUGGUGGAACCCACUUAUAUUUUUCUAUCUAUUAAACCGGAAUUUCUGUUGUUGAAAAUAUUUUAUGGGAAUGACAUUGGUAUACACUCAUGCUUCAACAAUGUUUCAGGAUGUUGUGCAUACUCAACAAUGACAGUAUCGUGCGAUUACUUAAUGCACCUCAGGACAUCUGCAAGUUAAAUCUGCCUUCUUAAUUCAAUUCUACCUGCAUACUCCUCCAUGGCACACAGAUGCACUUACACCCUCGUACUUGUGAAAGAAGAAAAAACUUGACCUGUAAAUUUAACCUUCUUGACACCUCCAAAAAAGGGGAUACAUUUGUGGUCAAAUCCUCACUUAAGUGUUCAGAGAUGAGUGACAUGUCUUAAAAAUGUGAGUGACAGUUGUCCUCAUCCGCAACUACUUUUACCACAGACCUUGUGUGGCAAAACCUAAGAGUCAUUCCAAACCCAUGGAUUGAGAUAUCUUGUCUCGAAAUUGAAAAACAGGGAGUAAUUUUUGUGUUUUGUUUGUAUUGUUGAAGCAAUUGUUUUAGAGUCCCUUUCAAACAGUUGGCACUUCUUGGUUUGGUUUUAUUCCUCUCAAUUUUAAUACAAAAUGAGAUAUAGACAUGUCAUAAAUGCAUAACCAGGAUGGGUAUUAUAGAACUGUCUCCCAAUGCAGUUGUUAAAUGAGUACAAUAUUGAUGCAGCAAUUGCUGCGAAAACCUAAUCCAGAUGUUUCGGAAAUCUCCCCAGUUGAAACAAAAAACCAAACACAACCUGUACUGAGUAAGAAGAAGAAGAAAAAAAAAGAGAAAAUUUAAUGCACGAGGCCAAGUGGGAUCUGUUUAAGGGAAAUGGGUCAGAAUGCCUUGUGGAAACAAACUUAAGAAGAGAGGUAGCGAGGGGUGAAAAAUUAUCCGUAAUGCAGGUCGGAAGUGAUGUGUCCUAUGCAGGCAAAUCCUCUUACAUGUAAGAUGACUCAUCGCAGUUUAUGUGUGCUUCUUUAUUGUGUGGUCAUUCCGUGGACACGGGCUUGUUCUAUACUGUCAUGAGAGUUUCUGACAAGUUCAGGGAUUGAUCAAGUCCUUUUCCAAAAAUAUUUGAUUUUUUUUUUGAUUUUUUUUUUGCAGGGGGGGGGGGGGUUAGUUAUCUCAGUUCCUUCUUUGUGAAGUAAGCUUUGCAUUUUGUCUUUCCGUACAAGUUAUAUCUUCAUCGUCUUUGUUGAUUUGUUGACGUUAACAGCGAAUUGAAAAUAAGCAUUGUCGAAUGGUUUAAUAAGUACAUGUGUUUGUUUCGCUUAGGACAAAGUGGCAACUGCUUUGUUUGCGAGAAUGUAGAAUGGGUUUUAUCCGGUGUGUAUCAGAGAAACUGUAAAUUACUGUAAAUUUCUAUAAACUACAAAAUUUACUGCAUUGAUUCCUGUUAUUUCAUGAUUUGAAUGAGAUAGAAAAUCAAAGAUUAAUGGGCUAAAGAUUGUAUGGAAAUCUCUCAAAAAUGUUUGGUGCUUAGUAUAUUUUUGUGCCUUGAGAAUAAGACUAGCCACAGAAAUUUAUGAUGUGUUAUUUAAACAAACAGUUGUUUUUGAUGUUAAACUAUUACAGUGUAUGUUGUGCCAAAUUGGUUUUAUAGUUCACCAUUAAACCGGUUCUUAGUUAUUCAAAAGAUGUAUUGGUUGAACUGUUAACUUGUGUUAAACUGUUAACUUGGUAAGAACAUCCAAUGUUAGUCAACUACCUCCAUGGUCAAUGGAACCUUUCGAAGUUAUGCAUCUAACCAGUUUAUGGUUGAAAACGUCAACAGUUAAACUGAUUAGCAUAUUUCCAAAGCUUCUCAAGAUGUUUUCAUUCUUCGGUUUGACCUUUGUGUUUAACCAGUUAAUAGUUAAACCGAUAACUUGGUUCAAGAUCUAAUUCACAGUUAACUGGUUGUACUAUUGCUGUCAGUAAUUCAGUUUUGAUGUUUGUUUUAAAUGGUUUUGCAAGAUACGUAUUGGAUUAGGCCAACUUUAUUGUUUCCUUUAUAGGGCAUCCAUAUUCAAGAUGAUAUCUCACUCAAGACAGGAUGGUUAUUAAGUCAUUUAAUUAUUCAGUCAUAAUGUGACCAAGUCUUAUAUCAGAAUACCUGUUUACAAACAAGAAAAUAUUUUUCAAAAGUGUUUUUGCAAAAUUGAGUUUUAAACUCACCCAGCUUGCUUAAGAUCUCAAUUUCUGCUCAGUAAGACUUGCUUAAAACUGUAAGCAUUAAGCUAUCGAUAUUUCCCUCAUUCAACACUUAGACUGUCAGGUACCAUACAAUCAUAUCAUGGGAUUGACAUAGAAGAUAUGUCAUAAUGUAAUUCAGUCUUGGCAUAUUAUUAUGUCGGACUGUGACCAUUUGCACUUUCCGGCACGAUGCUAUAUUUCCACUUCACCACCGUGAAGUCGUGUAUUUGAUACUUCAACAAGGAACAAUUAAAUAAAUGUGAACAAAAAAAAACCUUCGUAACCAUGUCACACUAAGUGAGUUCAAAUCACUAGGGCCAAAUUUCACAAAGCUGUUAAUCAGAAAAUACUGCUUAGCAAAUUUCUGCUAAGCAAAAAUUACAUUGGGCACCAGUUGCAUCAUUCCUCAUGGAUUUUGGCUGGUAACCAGUUUCUGUUAAGCAAGAUUUUUCUGUGCUUAGUUUUAAUGCUUACAGUUACACAGGCUUUAUGAAAUUGGACUUAAGGAGUGAUUGUACCCAAGACCUUAAAACACUUCUAAGAAAUAAUCAUGUGGUUGCAAUGUAGAUCUUCUCGUCUGUAGUAACUCAAUUUCUGCCAUAGUAUGAUGGUGAGUGAAGUCGUAAUUUAAGACCCAAUCUCAUUGUUUUGAAUCUCUAUUUUAUACACAGAGGAUUUCUAUGAAAUGAAUCAUGCACAGUUAUGCAUGUUUUUAAAAGAGAGGUUUUGGUGAUAAAUUAUAUUAGUUACCAUUUUUUUUUCUGCUGCAAGUUUUUGUGGGAUUCAUUGGAAAACCGUGAGAUUGGUACUAGUUUGUCCUUUUGAAUUUAGAAUGUGGUACCUUUAGUGCCCAUAACCAACGGUAGAUCUUUUAGAUUGAAAACUCUGUUGUGUAGAUGAAAAAAUUUGAUGCCCCCUGGUCCCAGUUUUUGUCCUUUAAAAUGCAACUUUCCUGUUGUUCACCCAACUUGAAUGUAUAUCAUUGAACCGUAUGAUUGUGUGAAUUUGAUCACCUGUAGAGACAUAUUGAUGUUUGUAUUUAUUUCACUUUUUGCCAAGAACACAGUAUAUAAUGGACAUUAUAAAUCUUUGGUAUUGUUACUUAGAGGUCCAAAAUUUAUUUGUGAAUUUCUGUAUUUUUGGUGACACUUUUGAGAAAAAGAAAGUAUAUAUUAUUUAGGUGUUUAAAAAAAGUUGUGUUCUUGCCUUUGUUGUAAAGAAAAAACUAUUUUGUUAGAUGUACACACAUGUACAAAAUGGUACAUUACUAUUAACUUCUAAUGGAUUGUUAUAGAGAGGGUUCCAUUUGAGUUCAUAACAGCAUUACUGAUUGGUCAAAAGGUGUCAAAUGAAACUUACACAUUACUAAUAACUAACCAAUAAAAUGAGUUGUUGCAUACUUUUGAAUAUUGCGUAAGUUUUCGUCAACUCCUUUUGACCAGUUGUAUAUAAGAAAACAACUUGAAAACAAAUGAACCAAAGGUUUAGAAGGGUACAAGGAAUGCAAUUUCAUGGUAAAAAGUGUGUAGCUUAUUAAUAGGCAAAAUGACUGUAGAUUCUGAAAACUUUGUAGAUGUUUUGUUUCUUUUGUGUUGUUAUCUGUAAACGUGGAGGUGAGAUGAGCAAUAAAAAACCGAAUUAUUCAUCUAAGGUGAUACUCUAAAA